AGGGCGCGAGCCGACCGGGCGCACCGACGACCAUGGCUUCCAAGUGUCCCAAGUGCGACAAGACCGUAUACUUCGCUGAGAAGGUGAGCUCCCUGGGCAAGGACUGGCACAAGUUCUGCCUCAAGUGUGAGCGCUGCAGCAAGACGCUGACGCCUGGGGGCCAUGCCGAGCAUGACGGGAAGCCGUUUUGCCACAAGCCCUGCUAUGCCACGCUGUUUGGACCCAAAGGUGUGAACAUCGGAGGUGCAGGCUCAUACAUCUAUGAGAAGCCCUCUUCAGAGGGACCGCAGGUCACUGGCCCCAUCGAGGUCCCCGUGGCCCGAGCUGAGGAGCGAAAGGCGAGUGGCCCCCCAAAGGGGCCCAGCAAAGCCUCUAGCGUCACCACGUUCACUGGAGAACCCAACAUGUGUCCUCGGUGCAACAAGAGGGUCUACUUUGCGGAGAAGGUGACUUCUCUGGGCAAGGACUGGCACCGGCCAUGCCUGCGCUGUGAGCGCUGUGGAAAGACGCUGACUCCGGGUGGGCACGCAGAGCAUGAUGGUCAGCCUUACUGCCACAAGCCCUGCUACGGAAUACUCUUCGGACCCAAGGGAGUGAACACUGGAGCUGUGGGCAGCUACAUCUAUGACAGGGACCCCGAGGGCAAAGUUCAGCCCUAGGCCCUGCCGCAGGACCCACUGCUUGGCCCCACGGGGAGAGUGGCCAGCUGCCCAGUCCCACCUAGCCCCAGCCUGGCCUAACCUCAGCGGGGGCAGCUGGGAGUCCAGGGCCUGCGUGUUGGGGGAGGGCGAGGCCGGUUGGGGCAUCUCCAGAAGAGGCCAGCCCAUCCCCGUUUC